GGGCAGGAAGUGAGGGCGCCAGGGGUGGACCUGGAAGCGUCGGAACUCUGGGCAACAACGCCAUAAGUCACGUCGGACACCUCCCCGUGCGCAGGCCAGGCGGAAGUGGGCCGGAAGCCGCCCCUCUCGCCCAGGACGGCGUUGUUGGCUGGCGGUCUGGCCGGAUGGGCCGCUGAGCCUGCGGUGCUCGCCAUGGCUCACGCCGCUGGUCGCAAGCGCUCGAGAAGUCGCAGCCGAUCGCGGGGGCGAGGGUCGGAAAGGAGAAGGAAGAAGAGUGGUUCGGACGCCUCGAGGAGCUGCUCGGCAUCGGGAUCCCGAGGGCGAAAGACCAGCAGCACUCCUGGGGUGGAGGCCUCACCUUCUCCCUGCAUCACAGAGAGAAGCAAGCACAAGGCCCGGAGGAGACCUCGAGCCAGCUCCUCCUCCUCUUCUUCCAGUUCUUCUAGCUCCUCUUCUUCCUCGUCCUCCUCCUCUUCCUCCAGUGAUGGCCGGAAGAAGCGGGGGAAGCACAAGGAUAAGAAGAGGAAGAAGAAGAAGAAGAGGAAGAGGAAGAAGAAGCUGAAGAAGAAAGACAAAGAGAAGGCAGAGGUGCAGCAGUCCGAGGCUCUGCCUGGCCCCUCACUGGACCAGUGGCACAGAUCAGCUGGGGAGGAAGAUGAUGGCCCAGUCCUGACUGAUGAGCAGAAGUCCCGCAUCCAGGCCAUGAAACCCAUGACCAAGGAAGAGUGGGAUGCCCGGCAGAGUGUCAUCCGCAAGGUGGUAGACCCCGAGACAGGACGCACAAGGCUUAUUAAGGGUGAUGGAGAGGUCUUAGAGGAAAUCGUAACCAAAGAACGACACAGAGAGAUCAAUAAGCAAGCCACCCGAGGGGAUGGCCUGGCCUUCCAGAUGCGAGCUGGGCUGCUUCCCUGAGGGUUCCAGCUGGUUGGGGCCUGUGGCCUGCUGAUGGUAGCUUGGACACAGGUCUCCUGGUGGGGGCAGCUAGUCUGAUGCCCACCUGUGGGUUGCCCUGAGCCGGCCCAGUGGCCUCUCAGGAAGGGGUAGAGGAUGGGAUCACUGGCCCCAAUGCAUCUGAAGAAUGCUGCAUCUCAAUAUUAAAUGAAUAUUAAAUAUUCCCAUAGA